ACACACAAUAUAUAAAAAUUGUUUAAAUCUGUAGCAUACCAUGACUAAAAGCAAGUCAGAGGCCAAAGCUAAGCUUCUUGCUGAAAAACGUGAGAAGCAAGAGCGGAAGGCACGUAAAAAGCUUCUGAAAUCCACCAAAGAAGCUGAUAUAUCAAAUAUCAUCAAGAGCUACCGAUACACACACAGUAUAAGUGAUAAAGGCAGACUCGUUGAAGUGGAAGGUGGCCGUCCAACACCCAGAGCAAGCGCCACCUUCACACCUUGGCUAAACGACCAAGCGAUACUCUUCGGUGGUGAAUUCUAUGACGGUGUAGAAGUCACUGUAUACAACGAUGCAUUCAUCUACAAUGGCGCCAAGAACGAAUGGCGCCUGGUAGAUACUGCUGCCAAACCACCUCCCAGGUGCGCCCAUCAAGCAACUGUCUACGGAAACUACCUUUAUAUAUUCGGAGGAGAAUACACUACGCUGAAUCAGUUCCAUCAUUUCAAUGACAUGCAUAGGCUAUGUCUAAAAUCGCAUAUUUGGGAGCCUGUAGAGAUGACAGGUCAAGUGCCAACGUCACGCAGUGGCCACAGGAUGGUAACCUGGAAUGGUCACUGGGUUCUCUUCGGCGGCUUCCACGAUACAACACGCGAAAUCCAUUACUACAAUGAUCUCUACUUAUUUUCGUUUAAGGAUUGCUCCUGGAAAAGAGUUUGCCAACGCCGGUUUGCAGGUGCUAUUCCAGAACCGCGAGCUGCGUGCAUAUUACUGGCACCUAAAAAUGCUAACAAGAUACUCAUGUUUGGAGGCUUUACCAAGGUAAAGGAUACAGACAAAAGUGUGGCAGGACAGUAUCACCAUGAUUCUUGGCUAAUAAACAUGGACCUUGUCCUCCAAGAAGAUAUGCUUGUAUGGGAAAAAAUCAGUACUAAAAGCAGACCUGGCUACUCUAUAGGGUUUGGCGUUGCCAACUACAAGACUUUCGGAGUUGUAUUUGGAGGUGUAUCAGACUCCGAUUCCGGAGGGACGUCAUUAAAGUCUACGUUCUACAACAACUGCUACUCAAUCAACGUCGAGCAGAAGAAAUGGUACCCUAUUGUAACAAACGAUAACACGGAAAAUAGCGGAGAUAUGGAAAAUGAGGAAACCCUUGCGAAAAAGAUGAGUAACGUGACACUGGCUGCAAGCCCACCGCCCAGAAUGAACUCGCAUGUAGUAGUAUUUGGGAACACCAUGUACGUGUAUGGCGGUAUCGUUGAACAAGGAUCCGUUGAAAUGACACUGAGCGACAUGUGGUCAUUUGACUUGUUAAAGAAGGAUGGGUGGAAAUGCAUAGAUCAAGGAUAUAACUUCCGGGAUGUAUACAAGGGUGAAAUAGAUAUGGAAGAAGAGUCGGAAUCAGAUGAAGAUAUUCCAAGCGAAGAAGACGAAGAUGUAGAUAUGUCUUCAGAUGAUUACAUGUCAGAUUCCUCGGAAGAUGAAUAAGAAUCUCGUAAUGUCCUCAUUAGCCACUGUGUCGCCGGAUCUAUGUUCAUCUACAGCGCAACAUAGGAAUAAAAAUGCAUAUUUACUGCAAAUGCCAUCGAUUCGCAGCGCAAAUGUCCCGUGGUACAUAUAAUCAACGCGCGUUAUAUACAUCAUUACACACAAGGAAUAAGCUAUAAAAACAGGAUAU